AUGCAUCCAAGCUUAAAUGAUUUGAUAAGUGCGUUUGUGAAGAAAUGUGUUAAUCUUGAAAUCGCUGAAAUUGAAAGAAAAGGAAAAGGUCUACGAUGUUUAGAAAAAUGCGGCCCUGGACAGCUCCUAUUGGAGGUGCCACUAUCCAAAGUAAUUAAUGAAGAAUUAAUCAUCGAACUUCGAAAGAAGGACGCUACCUUUGCCUCUAUUGCCUCAUCCGAAGAUUGGGAUGUUAUGCCAUUCAGAAAGCAGGUUUUAUUCAUUCUCUGCUACUUUAAGGGAUUGCAUGAGAAGGAGACGGAAUGGAAUCUAUACUUGUCAACUUUUCCAUCCUAUGUUGGUACCCCAGUUCAGUGGUCUGAAUGGGAAAUACAGAGCCUUCAAGGCACUUCAUUGUUCAUGCCGGUAGUCGCCAAACAGAAAUUUUUGAGAGAAGAAUGGGAAGAAUUAAAUAGUACUCAUGAAAGCCUUUGGUCAGGAGAAAUCUCUUUGCCUGAUUGGAUACAUGCCGAUUCCUUAUAUAAUAGUCGAUGCCUUGAAAGCCCUUCGGGUAGUACAGUUUUGUCGCCUGUGGUAGAUUUGUGUAAUCACUCGAAUCAUGCCAAUUCCAGAUGGGAUUUUACUUCAGAUUCCUUGCAAGUGUAUGCUGAGAAGACCAUAUCCAAUGGAGAUGAAAUUACAUUCAACUAUGGUGCCUCCAAAGGCGCUGCGGAAUUUCUAUUCUCGUAUGGAUUUAUUCCUCAGAACGUGAGAGAAAACACAACUGAUGUUAUAAAACUCUUAAUCCCUAAAGAUCCAAAUGAUCCAUUGGACAUUAUUAAACGAAAAUGCUGUAAAAGGCCACCUAUGAUUGAAAUUGCUUCGGAUUCUACCGGUAUAUGGUGGCACGCUCCAUAUUUAUAUUUCUCAAUCUUGAAUUAUGAAGAUUUCACCUGUUUUGGUUUGCAGGAAAAUGAACACGGGGAUAUCGAACCACAAUGGGAAUUUGAAGGGCACAGAACUACCAUUGAGGAACUCCCAGACUUGAUACAAAAGUCUUCUUUGAGAGACUUGUACUACUUGAGAGUCUUUUGCCUUGUUCAGCAGUUAGCCGAAGCAGCUUUCAAACAUAAUAUCGAAAGUGAGAAUUCCAUUUCAUCUCGCAAAGAUGCUGCUAUGUAUCUUUUGUUAAGGGAACGUAAUCUGUUAACAAAGGUAAUACCCUAUAUUCAAGGUUUCGUAGAAGAGUUUGCUCAGUCAGAAAUUGUUUGUAAUUAUUUAGCUGCGCAAGAAACCGAAGGAGAACAAUAG